UGCAGUGCGUGCGAGUGUGCAGCGGUCCCGAGAGCUGCUGCGAGAGACCGGCGUGGCUUGGAGUGCGCGCGAAGUUAGGGCCCAGUGUUAACCCCGUCGUCGAAGUCGGCGUCGCGAGUUGCGGAGACAGUUCGGGGACAGACGAUAUCACCCGGGAAUCCCGCUCGCGAUCCGGGAUCAUCGGAUACGGGGGUUCCAGGCGUGCGGUUUCCGGUAGGCGUGAUGCACAUCUCCCCGAGGGAUCUGCCGCGGAUCUCCUCGCGUUCGCCACGUAUUUGAGGAGGAAGGGACGACGCCAAUUUCGGGAGAUACGUGGUUCGUGUGGCCGAGAAAGGGCACAAAGGGGCCAGGUGCGUCUUUCAUAGUGGAGGAUUCGAGGGAUCAUGAUGCCCCCCAUAAUCGGGGAAACCCUGCGUGUAUGGUUCCUUUCGGCGCUGGUCGUUCACGGAGCCGUCGCCGGGAAUCCGGACGCAAAACGCCUCUACGACGAUCUGCUAUCCAAUUAUAACAAGCUCGUACGUCCCGUAGUGAACACUUCGGAUGUGCUGCGCGUGUGUAUCAAGCUGAAGCUCUCGCAACUCAUCGAUGUGAAUUUGAAAAACCAAAUCAUGACGACAAAUCUGUGGGUGGAACAGUCAUGGUACGACUACAAAUUGCGAUGGGAGCCGAAGGAGUAUGGAGGAGUUCAGAUGUUGCACGUGCCGUCCGAUCACAUAUGGCGGCCUGACAUAGUGCUCUACAACAACGCGGACGGCAACUUCGAGGUGACCUUGGCCACGAAGGCCACGAUCUACCAUCAAGGAUUGGUCGAGUGGAAGCCGCCCGCCAUAUAUAAAUCAUCGUGCGAGAUCGACGUGGAGUACUUCCCAUUCGACGAGCAGACCUGCGUCCUCAAGUUCGGUUCGUGGACCUAUGACGGCUUCAAGGUCGAUCUAAGACACAUGGACGAAAAAAUCGGAAGCAACGUGGUGGACGUGGGAGUUGAUCUAUCCGAAUUCUACAUGUCGGUAGAAUGGGAUAUUUUAGAAGUGCCUGCAGUGCGGAACGAGAAGUUUUACACCUGCUGCGACGAGCCCUACUUGGACAUCACGUUCAACAUCACGAUGAGAAGGAAGACUCUCUUUUACACGGUGAACAUUAUCAUUCCCUGUAUGGGAAUAUCAUUCCUCACAGUUCUUACGUUUUAUCUGCCUAGCGACAGCGGUGAAAAGGUAACGCUCUCGAUUUCGAUUCUCAUCAGUCUCCACGUAUUCUUCCUGUUGGUCGUUGAGAUCAUUCCGCCAACGUCCUUGGUUGUGCCGUUACUUGGAAAGUACCUGAUAUUCGCCAUGAUACUCGUCUCGAUAAGUAUAUGUGUUACGGUAGUCGUUCUCAACGUUCACUUCCGUUCACCACAGACGCACAAAAUGGCACCUUGGGUGAAGAGGGUUUUUAUACACAUUCUUCCACGACUUCUAGUCAUGAGAAGACCUCAAUAUAAAUUUGAAGCUAACAGGUAUACUUCCGGUAGAGUGCUAAUGAGGACCGUCCGGGGAAAGGAAAAGACCUGCUAUUAUCCUUAUCAUCCAUCGACUCAGGAAGACAGCGAGGAGCACCUCACACCCAAGAGAUUCCACAGUCGUCCUCCAUCAAAGGAAGACCUCUCGCCUUCCAGUCUUACAGACGGUGCGAGAUUCGGAGGUAGUUGCUUAAUUCACGGUCCCCCUUUACCAUUGCACACCGAAUGCGAGGAUCUCUCGGUUUCCGGAGACGCAGGCAUAGAGGAAGUCAAAAGCCCAGUACUCCGAAGCCCGCCCGUCUUCUCGCACUCUCGUUGCCCGCCGGAAGUGCACAGAUCCUGUAUCUGCGUGCGUUUCAUCGCCGAACACACUAAAAUGCUCGAAGACUCGACUAAGGUAAAAGAGGACUGGAAAUACGUAGCGAUGGUGCUGGAUCGGCUAUUUCUUUGGAUUUUCACCCUGGCGGUCUUGGUAGGCACCGCUGGUAUCAUCUUGCAAGCGCCCACUUUGUACGACGAUCGAGUGCCCAUCGACAAGAAGUUUAGCGAGUUCGCGACCACGACGGUGGUGAAGUGUCCGCCCCAGUAGUCCAUGCCCGAGCCCUGCACCGUAGAGAAAGAUUAAGGACCAGAAGCACGGAUCCCUCUCCCUCGUCCUAGUCUUAGGAGAGUCCGCAAGCUCCAGCUCCUUAUCCUCAACGAAAUUACGGCAAAAGGGCUCCGAUUUUACAAAGGAACCGGAAGUAUAUGACCGGCGAUUUUGACGAUAAAUUGGAACUACGUUUCUUUAAAGAAAGAAAGAACCUGGAAGAAUGAAAUAUAGAGAGUCAUCAAUUUGUAGAGACGAUCUCGUGGGUAGAAGGAUGAGAAUCAUCGUCUCUCAAGAAGAAAGACGAUGAACAUCGUUGCGAAACUUUGAAACAGGAGGACUCGAGGCGACGACGUGUCGCUUGAAAAAAAAAACUGCACUCGAUGCCUCCCAAAUAUUAAAGACGCGUUGACCGGCGCGAGAUUCGCCAAGUGACCUACAUACACCUACAUAGUCUGCUCAAGUAAAUCGUAAUACGAAGCUGCCACUACUUAAUCGGGUAAACCUAACACACAUCAGACGGACUUUACGAUGUAACACUGUAAGUAAUUUUAACGCCUCGAGAAUGAAAGAGCGAGAACCGAAUCAUCGCCAGCGUUCGCCUAAACGCGCGCGAGCAAGCGUCAAGUAUCGUUCGAGUAGGGCUCGGAACCGGCCGUGAAUUAAACCGCGAGAUUAAUUAAUAUCUUUUUCCAAUCCAUACUUUAUAGAUUUGUAAUCUAGAAUGCGAGACGCAGCCGAUAUUGAGAACUGGUGAAAUACACGGAUCCGGUAUUAUACGAUCGGCUUUUUAGCAUAACGUUGCAACGUCGAUUGCAUCGCGGCUGCAUUUUACGCACACCAUUUGCGCGAAGAAGAAGAAGUAGUGCUGAUAUAGCGAGCAUUUCUCUUCUUUGAACGUAGAAUAUUUUUUAUAUCAAAACGCGAAUGUCCUCCGAAUAAUUCCACACUUUGUUGCCGCGCGAUGCGGUACAUUUAUUGACACUUGAGCUUGCAAGAGCUUCGCGACGCAGCGGGCGAAGAGAUGAGAAAAUAAUACACGCACUGCGUACGCGGUAUAUUCGAUCCGAAUGCGCGAACGAUUCUUUGCUCGAGCGAACGCCGCGUUUCGCAAGCGUACGUUUUGUAUUGUAAUGCGGGCCGUAAAGCGCUCGCAUUACGCGAGUUAAUUAGGUAAUCACCGCGUAGCUAGUUUGUCGUACACAGACCUAGGGUGUAAUCUUACUUGAAGUAUAUAACCAGUUAAUAAUUUUAAAAACGUACCCGCGUUUAUACGAGCAAUAUAUAUAUAUUGAAAAAAUAUAUAUAUAGCGAUGGACGAGCCGAUGGCGCGUCGGUAGCGCGGAGCGACUUUUUUCUUCCUCAAAUAUAUAUGUGAGAGACUUUCUAUAUCCUAAUUAUUAUAUUUAAUCAACUAUGACAUAAUCUCUCUCUUCUGAUAUUAUCAGAAUUAUUAUUGUACCAUAAGCAAUGUCUCUACGAACGCUACCCUCGAACUUGAUUCUCUCGCUCACUGUUUCUCUUCCCCUCUAUCGAUCUGAAGAUAUUUAUUCACGUGUGUGCAAUUAUUUAUCAUUAUUUUCUGCAACUUCUUCCCCUCUUCCGAAGAAGGAUGCACCUCGGAUGGACUCGCGUCGCCGACGCAUCUCGUGUUAUCUCGUCCCGAGAAUAAGAAUAUAUAUUGUAUUUUGUAAUGUGAGAAAAAGGGUGAAACACGCGAGAAUACUACAAUAAAGAGUAACUGAUAGUACGGUAAGAACAAGUAAAG